CCCCCGCGGCAGGUGAGGCCUGGCGGCGCCGCGCGAAUCGCGGGCCGAGAUUUCUUCUUAUUUCUGCUCUGGGACGUGGCAGUCACGUCAGUGCUGGCAGGAUGCUGCUCCCCCUGCUCCUCCGCCAGCGGUGCCGGCCCCUCCGCUGCCUGCUGCGGGACCUGCGGGAUGGGAGCAGGGCUGCCUGUCCCCACAGGGCUCUGCACACAGCCUGGGCCACCUGCAGCAGUGACAUCACCCCCGUGUUCACCAGGGCUCUGGCUUUUGGGGACAGAGUGGCCAUCAUUGACCAGAACGGGGAGCACACGUACAGGGAGCUGCUCAGCCGGAGCCUCCGCCUGUCCCAGGAGAUCUGCAGGGUGCUGGGGUGCCCCAGCAGGGACCUGAAGGGGGAGAGGAUCUCCUUUCUGUGCCACAAUGAUGCCUCCUACGUGGUGGCCCAGUGGGCCUCGUGGCUGAGUGGGGGCAUAGCAGUGCCCCUGUACAGGAAACACCCCGUGCCCCAGCUGGAGUACGUGAUCCAGGACUCGCAGAGCGCCCUGCUCAUCGCAGCCCACGAGUUCCUGGGCAAGAUAACCCCCAGUGCCGAGAAACUGGGAGUGCCAGUGCUGCCACUUGCCAGCUCUGGUGGUGAUGGAUCCACAAGCUCUGCAGCCCUGGAGGAGGGGUCCCUGCCAAGCUGUUCCUCGUGGGGGGACAGAGGAGCCAUGAUCAUCUACACCAGCGGCACCACGGGGAGGCCCAAGGGUGUCCUCAGCACCCACAGGAACGUGCAGGCUGUGACCACGGGGCUGGUUGAGAAGUGGGAGUGGAGGAAGGAGGAUGUGAUCCUGCACGUGCUGCCCCUGCACCACGUCCACGGGGUGAUCAACAAGCUGCUGUGCCCUCUCUGGGUGGGAGCCACGUGCAUCAUGUUCCCAGAAUUCAGCGCCCACACGGUGUGGAAGAGGCUCCUGAGCUCCCAGGCUCCCCGGGUCAGUGUGUUCAUGGCAGUGCCCACCAUCUAUGCCAAGCUGAUGCAAUACUACGAGGAGCAUUUCACGCAGCCCCAGGUGCAGGAUUUCGUGCGUGCCUUUUGCCAGGAGAACAUCAGGUUAAUGGUGUCAGGCUCUGCAGCCCUGCCUGUGCCUGUGCUGGAGAAGUGGAGGAGCAUCACAGGGCACACCUUGCUGGAGAGGUAUGGGAUGACUGAGAUUGGGAUGGCUCUUUCUAACCCUCUGCACGGAGUCCGUGUCCCAGGCUCGGUGGGCACGCCCCUGCCCGGGGUGCAGGUGUGCAUCGCCAGCGAGACGCGGCGGGACGGGGCUGCGUGCUACAGCGUGCACGCCCGGGGGGACGAGAGCAGCACACAGGUGACCCCAGGCCUGGAGGGGCAGGAGGGGGAGCUGCUGGUGAAGGGCCCGUCCGUGUUCCGUGAGUACUGGAACCGAGCCAAGGAAACGGCCGACGCCUUCACGCCCGACGGAUGGUUCAGAACAGGAGACACAGCAGCCUACAAGGAUGGGGUGUACUGGAUCAAGGGCCGCACCUCGGUGGACAUCAUCAAGAACGGGGGGUUUAAAGUCAGCGCGCUGGAGGUGGAGCGGCAGCUGCUGACACACCCCCACAUCACAGACGUGGCAGUGCUGGGGGCCCCGGACGUGGUGUGGGGGCAGCGGGUCAGCGCCGUGGUCACGCUGCGCCGGGGCCAGAUGCUCUCCGUGAGGGACCUGAAGGACUGGGCCAGGGACACCAUGGCUCCCUACGCCAUCCCCACGGAGCUGAUCGUGGUGGAGGAGAUCCCACGCAACCAGAUGGGCAAAGUCAACAAGAAGGAGCUUCUGAAACGCUUUUACCCAGCCUAGUGCCCACCUGGGGGGGCGUGGCCCCAUCCACGGCCGUGCUGCCCCCGAGGAGGAGCCGCAGGGAUCGUCCCUGGCAGAUCUGGGCUCACUGCAGCCUAAUCCAUGAACAAUGUCCACUAAAAGUUGGAUUUUUCCUGCCUGGCUGAGCUGAGCCAGAGCUGCAGAGUUAGGGUUUCCUUGUGUAGGAGCCCUUUGCAGGAAUCACAGAAUCCCAGAAUGAUUUGGGUUGGAAGGGACCUUAAAGCCCAUCCAGUCCCACCCCUGCCAUGGCAGGGACACCUUCCACUGUCCCAGGCUGCUCCAAGCCCUGUCCAGCCUGGCCUUGAACACUCCAGGGAUCCAGGGGCAGCCACAGCUUCCCUGGGCACCUGUGCCAGGAGCUCCCCACCCUCACAGGGAAUGAUUUCCCAGAAAUAAAUAAACUCAAAUCACACAUAA